AUGGCGGAAUAUGUUGAUCCUCUCCCUACUUUCAUGGGACCCCAACCCUCGCUAGCUCAGCGAAAGGAGAUUUGGGAUGUCACCUACGGUGAUAAACCUUACACAAGUGUUGUUGCUGGCCCUUUCGAGCUCGCUCUUCCCAGUUACAUCGACUUCCGCAAGCUUGUCUUGGGAGAGGGAAACAAAGUGUACGACAACCUCUGCCGCCUCAUGGGCCCUCACCUCGUCCUUAGUUGGACCAUCGUCGACAACAAAGCCUCAUCUUUGAUCGUUGGCGUCAACCCCAUCUUCAACGUCGGCGCGGAAUCACUCUUCCUUCAUCAAAACGUACGACGACUCUGGUUCCAUGUCCUUCAGUGGUUGAAGGUUGUCAAGCAAGGUCACAACAUCACGAUUGUCGACCACCUGAAGGAUAUCCUCGCCGCGACGAUCUCGCCUGCCCAGGCUGACGACUUUGAUGUUUGA